AUGGAAAAGGACACACGCCCCAACUUUCUUGUCAUUGUCGCAGAUGACCUAGGCUUCAGCGACUGUGGCUGCUUCGGGUCGGAGAUCUCAACGCCUCACAUAGAUGCGUUAGCCGCUAAGGGCAAUGCCCUGCGGUACACCAACUAUCAUGUCGCUGCGGCAUGCUCCCCUACGCGGUCGAUGUUGAUGACUGGAACCGACCACCACAUUGCCGGCCUUGGUCAGCUUCAAGAGAUCACUCGGGCGUCACCCGCCCAUGCUGGCAAGCCUGGACACGAGGGCUACUUGAACCACCGGGUCGUCGCGCUGCCAGAGCUGCUCUCCGAUGGUGGCUACUUCACCUGCAUGUCGGGUAAGUGGCACCUGGGCCUCAAGCCAGAGCAUCACCCCAUCCGCCGCGGAUUCAAGAAGUCGUUUGCCUUGCUGCCGGGGUGUGCGAACCACUACGCCUAUGAACCGCAGUACAAGGACCCAGGGACCGAGCCCGACAAGUUCUUCGAGACGGCCACGCGUGCACUGCACGCGGAGGAUGAUGUCCUACUCAGCCGUCUGCCCGACGAUUUCUACAGUAGUGAUGCCUAUGCUGACAAGCUCAUGGAGUACCUGGACAACCGGACGGGAGAGGAGAAACAGCAACCCUUCUUCGCCUACCUGCCCUUCAGCGCCCCACACUGGCCACUGCAGGCGCCCAAGGAGGUCUGCGACAAAUAUCGGGGCUUCUACGACAGCGGGCCAGAGGUACUCCGACAGAAGCGCCUCGCGAAACUCAAAGAACUAGGCAUGGUCGACCCUGGAGUAAAGGCCCACCCGGUGGUCAUCGCGGACGGUAAGCCAGAGAGCUGGGACGCACUACCCGAGCACGUUCGCCAGGCGUCCAGCCGCGCCAUGGAGGUCUAUGCCGGCAUGGUGGACCGUAUGGACUGGAAUAUCGGGCGUGUGAUCGAGUACCUGAAGGACCGCGGCGAGUACGAUAAUACGCUCGUCCUCUUCAUGAGCGACAACGGCGCCGAGGGCGCCAGCUACGAGGCCAUGCCGCUUGUCGGCGGCCGCAUUAUGGACCACGUGGACAAGUACUACGACAACAGCCUUGACAACAUCGGUCGCGGCAACAGCUUCGUCUGGUACGGGUGCCGAUGGGCUCAGGCAGCCACCGCACCCUCACGCCUCUACAAGAUGCACUCCACUGAGGGCGGCUGCCGCGUGCCGCUCGUCGUGAAGCCACCCACCAGCGUCGUAACCGGCGCGUCUGGCAGUGGCGGUCUCACCACUGACGCCUUCUGCACCGUCAUGGACAUCGUCCCCACAUUCCUGGAGCUGGCUGGCCUCGAGCACCCGGCGCAGUAUAAGGGGCGCCAGAUCGCACCCCUGCGCGGCCGUAGUUGGGUCAAAUUCCUAUCGCUCGCCCACCAUGGGGGCUCGACAGUAGCAGCAACACAGGACUCGGCCCACCAGAUCCAUGGGCAGGAUUAUGUGAUGGGAUUCGAGAUCGCCGGCUCGGGGGCCUUGCGGCGUGGCGACUGGAAGAUCACCUUUGUGCCAGCGCCCAAGGGCCCGCAGCGGUGGGAACUGUUCAAUAUCCGCGACGACCCUGGCGAGGUGUGCGACCUGGCCGAGGAGAAGCCGGAGCUAUUCAAAGAAAUGCUGGCGCUCUGGGACAAAUACAAGAGUGACGUGGGUGUCGUCGGCGUCGCUGGUGAGUAUCCCACGCCAAUUCAGGGCCAGGGUUCAGUGUUUGACGAGAUGGACGACCCUUAUGCAUGGAUCAAAUACAUUGGCAAGCCAGACAUCACGCCAGAGAGGCUCAAGGCAGUCAUUCCUCAAGUUGCCGAGAUUCAUUGA